CAUUAGCUUGACGUUUAAAUGUCCCAAAAACUGAAAAAAAAACGAAUGACCUUCUCGCACUAUUGCUUUUAAUCGCUGACCAUUGAUGAUUGCCUUACAUAUUCACCUUUAUCAGAUGUUCGACAAAUGCGUCACCCUGUGAGGCUGGAGACCUCAUUUGGCUUUCAAAAUAAUCACAUCAAUUUUCGAGGACCUGAACGGCGGAUUGAGUGGAUUCCCGUCCAACCCGCUUGCCCUCAGCCUACCACGCCCACAUUUAGGUCAUGAAUGAGUCGUCCAGUCCUGAUUGGGACUCGCAACGUCGUUUUCAAAAGGUCAAACAACGUUUGAAAGGCCGAUUUCACGUGAAAACCAAGCGACGGAAAACGGUGUCCGUGAAAUGUUCGGAUUUGCGGGCCAAGAACAACCUGUCGCUGAGUCGCAGCCGCCUGGCCACGGGUUCGCACGGGGCGUGUCCCUCGCCCACCGCCCACCAUUUGGUCCGCCACCUCCGCUCUCAGAAUGUGGCUUUGGCCUCAUCUUUAAACGAGCGUCUCAUGGAGAACACGGAACUCUCCAACAUGGUACACGCCCUCCGCGACGAAAACAUGGCCUUGAACAUGGAGAUUGCGGAACUGCGACACGCCCAGAACGAACCCACCCAGACCGUUGAUCCAGUUUGGCUGGAACAGGAGCAGGUCAAACGGUUGGCCGAGUACAUGGAGCCGGUCAAGGGGCUCAUGAAUCGGGUCUUGGACCAUACCGUGUCCAUGUCCGAGGAAUUGAGUCAAGCCAUGGCCUUGGUGUCCGCCCCCGGUCGCCGAUCGCGCUCCAUGCACGCCCAACGAGCUACCCAGUCUAGUUUUUCGACCAGCCAGGGCCCAUUCAACGCCUCUCGUGUGCCCUCUUUGCCGUCCGAGGCCAUCUCGUCGUCACGCUCAAGCUCCAAUGGCGCCAAUAUCGCGCACGUCUCACCCCGGGUGGCCGGUUAUGCCAUUCAUAAACCCCAAAUCGAGAUCCAAAGGUUGGAUAUGAAUGAGAUCAACCGUCUGCAGGCUGAGCAACGGGAGCAAUCGCGACGAUCGCGAUCCGAGGACGCUUCGGAAGAGGUGGACGAUGAACAUGAAGAAGAACCUUUGGAGCCGGCUCAUCAUACGCCGGACACGCCCCCUUCGGACGAAGGUGAACGGGUGAAUCGUCGGCCUUCCCGCUCGCGAAUUGCCAUCUCCCGCAUGUCAACCAUUGGUGAGGGCUCCGAUGAAGAGGAACAGCCAACUGAUCGGACCACACCCGAGUCCCGGCGGUCAAGUGCAUCUAAUGGCACGCCCAGACGCGUCCCACGUCGACGAUCCGUCUCGAUUGCGCGUCAGCUAAGUAGUUCGUUCCGAACCUCGGGCAGUCCUGUGGUGCUCUUGGAAAAUGUAAGUGAGUUGCUGGAACAAUAUAAUGUGCAGAACUUGCCGGCCAGUGAUGACAGUGGCUCGGAGGACGAGAAUGAAAACGAAGAAUAUUUGAAUGAAACGGACAACAGCGGCGAAGAUGACGAGUUGUGCCAAGACACCAAGAAGAAAAGUCACGGCUCCGAUUCGAGCCGAAAAGAUGAAGUCGUUUUGCUCAUGCCCACUUGUCGAUUAGUUUUGGAGCGUGUGAAGCUGAGCGAGCGACGCCGAUCCUCUAAAUCGUCAGAGAAUGCAUCUAGACUGAGUGCCUGUAGCUCAGGGUCAAUCAAGAAAAGAAGCUCGGACGUAGCGCCUAAUAUAUUGAGCGGGAUAACCACACAAAGAGGCAAGAAAGCCUCCUCCGAAAGCUGGAGAAACUCAACCCGAACUUGUGAGGCGGAUUCCUCUUCAAAUAUGAUUGACGUUCCGGCCGACGCCGAAAGCACCCGACUCGAUCCCAGAUCACCCGUAGUUUCUACUGUGCGCAACAGUCUUCAGUCUGAACAAUCGGAAACGCCACUGACUAGUGAAUCUUUGGAGGAGUUCACCGCGAGGAUGUGUAACAUGGACCCGAUGGAAGGGCCCUCUUGGCUCUUCACGGACGACGAUGAGGUCACACCAGGUCGUCGGUCUCGGGAAGUGGUGGCCAGAAAGAAGCGGUCGUCAGUCUCCCUUCGGGCUCAAAUCGGAGAUUGCUCCAAAAAACUAGAUUUAGAUCACGACGAAGAAAACGCCGAAGUCGAUAACACGCCCGUUUCUAAGAAACCCGAGCAAAACGGAGCAACGUCUGUGCAGCCAUCCAAAAGUAGGAAGAGAACCGUCCAUUGGAAACCAUCUCUCGACGGUGCAACCUUGGAGCAUGAUGCAUCCAAUCAAGAAUUACAGGAUCAAUUCAUAGCUCCUAGCCCCCCUGUAGCGCAUAAGUCACCCGAAAGUGUGCCCAAGCGGAAAUCCAUUCGGCAAUCACGCGUCAAGAAACCAAAGCCUAACCAUGAUGAACAGCCUAUCACUAUCUCGGAUCCAUCAAUUCCAGCAAAUACAAAUAAAACCUCUCCCAAGGCCAAAAUCCCAACCCGAAGUCCAUCGCGAGCCUCUUCGUCGUCUUCUCAUUCAAUUCCGUCCACGCCCAAUGCGCCCUCUGAAAAUGGAUCAAUCUACUCCACGCCUUGUGCCGCUGGGGAUGAAGAGACCGGGGAAGUGUCUCGACCUCGCCGAAGGGCGGCCACGGCAGCUUCGAAUUCACUGAAAGAGCCGAGUUUGAACAAGAAAAUGCGUCAGGGCGAUCCACACAGCGAGAGUGUGUAUUCCAAUUUCGUGCCCAAAGUGAAAGAGAAAGUGGCCAAAACCAAGAGUAAGAAGUGAUUAAAUUGCUAUGAUGAUGAAGACCAUGGGGUCCCUGAAAUUUGAAUAUUGUUGGCGCAUUUAUGUGGAUUUAUUCAUAAUAAGCGAACGAUAUAAGUGAA